AUGCUAUUCGCGAGGUUCCUCUCGUUUUCAGGACUGAAUCAAAUCCAGCCAGUCGCGCAAACUAGCUUCCUGAAGCAUGCAAUACAGGCAGCCGAGGUUUUGCAAACCAGGAACUACAACGCCAGUCUCGGCCUUUGGCCGGAUGAGAAUCAUUGGUGGCAGUCUGCUCGAUGUCUAACGGCUCUCCUCAAUCUCGCCACGAUUGAUAAGAGCUUAAAGUCGAAUAUCACGGCGAUUGUCGCGCAUACAUACGAAACGAACAAGGGCAAGGGUGGCGGUAACUUCACCAACGACUACUACGACGACGGCGGCUGGUGGGCUUUGGCGUUCAUCAAGGCCUCAGAUAUGACCAAGGGCACUGAACAUUUUAUGCCAGAGUACCUUGAGACGGCCAGAUUAAUAUUUGAUAACAUGACGGAUGCCUGGGGAACGAAGUGUGAUGGCGGAAUCCCAUGGAGGAGGAGCGAUCCUCAUCCGUAUCUCGGGGCCAUUCAGAACGAGCUCUAUCUCAGCGUCGCAGCCCACCUAGCCAACCGCGCAACCACAAUCACGGAAAAGCACAAGUAUCUCAAUGAGUCACAGAAGGGUUGGUCCUGGUUCAAGAACAGCGAUAUGAUCAACUCGGAAGGAAUCAUCAACAAUGGGCUGGAUGAUCGUUGCAAGAACGACAUGGGAACAACCUGGACGUACAACCAAGGGGUUAUUCUCCAGGCACUUGUUGAACUUGACAAAGCGACGCCUGGUGGGUGCUGUUUGGAUGAUGCAAACAGGAUUGCGCAGGCUGUGCUAGAGAACAGAAAUUUGGUCAACGAGCGGGGUAUUCUCCGUGAGCCUUGCGAGACGACUGGCAAACCAUGCGAUGGGGACCAGAGGUUGUUCAAAGGGAUAUUUACUGAUGGGCUGGCAACGCUUCAAAAGAGAAGCCCCCAUCCUAUCUAUCGACAGUUCUUGGAACGAAACGCUGAGGCCUUGUGGAAGAAUGGUUCAAGAAACGGACAGAUCUCUUUGCGCUGGACUGACCCUUUCAAUGAAAGUGAACUGGAUGUCGGAACUCAGUACUCAGGCCUGGCUGCUCUGGUCGCGGCUGCGUCGGUUCAGCAACACCUCAAUUUUGGUGUUGAGCUUGAGGGAGUUGCUGAAGACCCGGAAUCAGAAGGCUGA